GUUGUUUUGUUGGCUACCUGGUGAUGUUCGUUGUCGAACGACAAAGACAGAUAUUUCCUUCUACAUAAAGUCAUUUCUAGAAAAACGUGAACUGAACUGUGCCGGUGUGAUUUCGCAGUUAAAUAAAAGAAAAGUUCAAAAUCGUGAUCGAAAAAACCUUUUAUUAUAUUAAUACAAUUUUUUAAAAUGGCUGCAAUGUCUGUGAUAGGUAUCGAUUUGGGAAAUGAAUCCUGUUAUGUAGCUGUCGCAAAGGCUGGUGGAAUCGAAACCAUUGCAAAUGACUACAGUUUAAGGGCUACUCCAUCAUGCGUUGCUUUUUCUGGAAAGAACCGCAUAUUGGGAGUUGCGGCGAAAAAUCAGCAAGUCACCAAUAUGAAGAACACUGUAUAUGGGCUAAAAAGGCUGUUAGGUAGAAAGUUUAGGGAUCCUCAUGUCAAAAAAGAAAUUCAGUUUUUACCAUAUACAGUUGUAGAAGAAAAAAACGGGGGUAUUGGAAUUAGGGUAAAUUAUUUAAAUGAAGAACAUAAAUUUUCACCAGAACAAUGUUUGGCCAUGUUGUUAACAAAAUUAAAAGAUAGUGCUAUGACAGCUCUACAAACUCCCAUAAAUGAUUGUGUUAUAUCAGUUCCUUCUUACUUUACAAACAAUGAGAGGAAGGCACUAUUAGAUUCUGCAGCCAUAGCAGGUCUUAAUACUCUAAGGUUAUUUAAUGAAACAACAGCUACGGCCUUGUCAUAUGGCAUUUACAAGCAGGAUUUACCAGCUGUUGAAGAAAAGCCUCGUAACAUUAUUUUUGUCGAUUGUGGCCAUUCAUCCUUACAAGUAUCUGCAGUUGCAUUUAAUAAGGGCAAAUUGAAGAUGCUUACCACUGCUGCAGAUCCCAAUUUAGGUGGUAGGGACUUUGAUCUCAUCAUUGCUGAGCAUUUUUGCAAACAAUUCCAAACCAAAUACAACAUGGAUGCAAAAUCUAAUCCAAGAGCUUUUCUAAGAUUGCUAACGGAGGUAGAAAAGUUGAAGAAGCAGAUGUCUGCAAAUUCUACAACCUUACCACUCAACAUAGAAUGUUUCAUGAACGAUAAAGAUGUGUCCAGUGACAUGAAGAGAGCAGAUAUGGAAACUUUAUGUGCUCAUCUGUUUGAAAGAGUUGAAGUAAGCUUAAAGCAAUGUCUCAAACAAUCAGGAUUGUCAUUGGAUGACAUUUACGCUGUAGAAAUAGUGGGCGGAUCUAGCAGAGUACCUGCUAUUAAACAAUUAAUAGAGAAAGUAUUCCACAAAGUACCAAGUACUACAUUAAAUCAAGAUGAAGCUGUGAGCCGUGGUUGUGCUCUACAGUGUGCGAUGCUAUCUCCUGCUAUAAGAGUUCGGGAUUUUAGCGUUACAGAUGUACAGGCGUACCCGAUCUCUGUAGCAUGGGAUGCAAGUCCAGGAGGAGAAUCUGCUGGGGAGAUAGAAGCAUUCCCACUUAACCAUCCGGUUCCAUUCUCGAGAAUGUUGACAUUCUAUAGACAGGAACCAUUCACCAUCAGAGCAAAAUACAGUGGCAACAUCCCGUAUCCCGAUCAUGAUAUAGGUACCUGGGUUAUAAAAGACAUAAAACCUAACUCUGAAGGAAAGCCGCAGAAAGUGAAAGUCAAGGUCCGUGUAAACCUCCAUGGAAUCAUGUCGAUAUCGAGUGCUAGUUUGUACGAAGCAAAAGAGUCAGUUGAACCAGAAAGUCCGGAAGAACAACAGAAGGAGGCACAGGUGAACAGUAACGACCAACAGAAUGGCGGUGUGCAGACUAACGAGAGCGGCGAAUCGAUGGAAACGACAAACGAAGGAACAGGAGCCAACAGUGGAGAAGGUGCUGUUCCUGAGGUAGGCUCCGGCACCAGCUGGACGAAGAAAAUAUCUGCCUGGUUCAGCGGGGAAGGAAGCGAUAAAAAGAAAAAGCAAUCGGUAAAAUCCAUAGAAUUACCAAUCGAAUCUCUUACGACCGGCUUCUCUCAGGUGGAAAUAAAUCAUUUCACCGAGCAAGAAUUCAAAAUGAUCGCUUCUGAUCGACAAGAGAAAGAACGCGCUGACGCUCGAAAUGCAUUUGAAGAAUACGUUUAUGAAUUGCGUAACAAAGUCAGUUCUGAUGGAGAUUUCGCACCUUUCAUGCCUGAGAACGAUAGAAAUACUUUGGUGUCGCAAUUAGAUGAUAUGGAAAAUUGGCUUUAUGAGGAUGGCGAAGACUGUAAUAAACAAGUAUAUAUCGACAAAUUACAGCAGUUAAAAAGUAUUGGAGAACCUGUUCAAACUAGAAAAAUUGAAUAUGAACUAAGACCUGUGGUUAUUGAGGAUUUUGCUAAAUCAUUACAAUUAUGUAUGAAAGCUUUGGAAUUGAUAAGAUCAAAAGAUCCAAAAUAUGCUCACCUAACUGAAGAAGACUAUAAUAAAGUAGAAGAUGCAUUUAAACAUUACUACCAAUGGUUAGAGCAGACUAGAGGUAAAUUGAGCUCGGCUCCUAAUCACUUGCCACCACCUGUAACUGUAGCGCAGAUCAGACAGGAAAAGUCAAGUUUCGAAAAUUCCGUAAAUUCAAUACUUAACAAACCACCACCAAAAGCGCCAUCUCCUCCAAAGGAGGAAAAGGCUGCAGAACAACAAAAUUCACAAGAAUAUGCAGAAUCGCCGAAAAACGCAAAAAACGAUGAAAAUAUGGAGUGGUCGUCAAAUUAGAUUAAUUAGGUGUUUUUGUAAUUAAAAAUGUCGCUAGAAUCGACGAUAUAACAAAUAUUAAAAUAUGCUUAAUAUAUCUGAUGUAUUAAAUUUGACUUUCCGAAAGAAUUGUGUAUUAUUUUUAUUUGCCACUAUUUCAAAUUUACAUACAUUUUAAUUUUUUAUACUAUGUUGAGUAGCUUCUUUCUCAUGUUUUAAUUUAUUUUUAAUUGCGAAAUUAAUGUCUCACAGUUUAUGUCACACACUGUAAUAAUUAAACAUCAUUCUUUAGCAAGACUUAGUGUAUGGUAAAUAUAAUUUAAAAAAUAAAAUGUCCUUAAACUUGUUA